GUCGCGUCGGUCAAGCGCCUAAACCAGUGCAGCCGACCGAACAUGACGCCGUGAGGAAAGUUUCCUGAAACUUUUUGAUAGAUUUCUAGCAACUUAACGGUCGAGGUGUUGUUGCUGCAAAGGACAUAACACAAGGUCAAUUUCUAGCAGAAUAUCAAGGAGAACUAAUUAGUGAAACUGAACUAGAAAACAGGGAAGAGCAGGCAGAAAGUGUAUUUCGGUACACUUUCUCUUGGAGAGGAAAAAAUCUUUGUGUGGAUGCCACAGAUGAACCAACUACCAGAAGUCUCGGGAGGCUGUUCAACCAUGGUUACAGUGAAUCUGAAAGGAACUGCAGAAUGAAAUUAAUUGCAUUCAGUAAUAAACCCCACCUGUGCCUAUUUAGUACAUGGAAUAUUCUAUCUGGUACUGAGCUCCUAUAUGAUUAUGGAAUCAAGAAGGGAGAAGAGCCAUGGAAGCAGGAGCCCCAGCAUGGCAAAUCCUCGCAGCAGCCACAGCCUUGCACAUCCUCAAAGGAGUGCCAGCCUUGCCACUCCUCAAAACAGCCCCAGCCUUGCCAAUCCUUACCGGAGCCCUGGUUUUGCCCAUCCCCAAAGAAUACCCUGCCUUGCCAACCACAACAGCCACAGGCUGGCCCAUCCUUACAGGAACCCCAGCCUGUCCAAUCCACACAGCAGCCACAGCCUGGUCAAUCCUCACAAGAGCCACAGCCUGGUCAAUCCUCACAAGAGCCAGAGCCUGGUCAAUCCUCACAGCAGCCACAGCCUGGUCAAUCCUCACAGCAGCCCCAGCCUGGUCAAUCCUCACAGCAGCCUCAGCCUGGUCAAUCCUCACAACGGCCCCAGCCUGGUCGAUCCUCACAACAGCCACAGCGUGGUCAAUCCUCACAACAGCCCCAGCCUGGUCAAUCCUCAGAACAGCCACAGCAUGGCUCGUCCUCACAGCAGCCCCAGCGUGGUCAAUCCUCAAAACAGAUAAACGCCUGGUCAAUCCUCACAACAGCCACAGCCUUGCCAAUCCUUACUGGAGCCCCGGUUUUGCCCAUUCCAAAAGAAUACCCUGCCUUGCCAACCACAACAGCCCCAGCCUGGUCAAUCCUUACAGGAACCCCAGCCUGUCCAAUCCACACAGCAGCCACAGCCUGGUCAAUCCUCACAGCAGCCAGAGCCUGGUCAAUCCUCACAAGAGCCAGAGCCUGGUCAAUCCUCACAGCAGCCCCAGCCUGGUCAAUCCUCACAACAGCCACAGCGUGGUCAAUCCUCACAACAGCCCCAGCCUGGUCAAUCCUCAGAACAGCCACAGCAUGGCUCGUCCUCACAGCAGCCCCAGCGUGGUCAAUCCUCAAAACAGCCAACACCUGGUCAAUCCUCACACUCCACCAUUUUUCAUCUGAUUUCAAUUCCGCUUGCUUUAUGUGAUAGCACUAGGUGAUGGCUACAAUACUUCUUCACAGAAUUUUGACCUUUGACCUUGAUUUUUGACCUAUAUUGUUAAUUGGCUACAAAAUGCUACUCCUUCGCCAUUUUUCAUCCG